AUGGGCCGGACCGUGAACCGGAAUGCGGACUUCAUGGACCUCAUGACAUGCAGAACCAGACUCAGUGCCAGAGAUCCGGCUGCCGCAGCUUGUCUCAGUGAUCGAUCUAUCGCGAUGGAUUCGUCGAUCAGCAGUCCUCUCUAUAAAAAGCCGUUCAAACUGCUGGAAACUUGCCGACUCAUCUGCUACUCGGAUCUUCCCUUGGUCUCAAUUAAUUUGUUGGCUAUUGUGAUCCUUUGUCGUGGAAAAUGCGGACUCUCCAAAUGCAUCACGCUUUACCUGGUGGCAAUGGCAACAGCUGAUUUAAUGGGUGUUAUUUUUGGCGUUGUACUCGAGCGGAUCAAUAAUAUUUAUGUUUUUGCCAGCUUUCUGCUCAGCACUCCGAUUUGCGCUACGACGCUUGUGUUUCGGCUCGCACUAAUGGACUGUUCUGUCUGGCUAACGGUGGCUUUCACAUUUGAUCGAUGUAUUGCAAUUUGCAGUCAAAAGCUGAGGAAACGAUUUUGCACCAAGAGGACGGCGAUAAUAGUGGUUGUGAUUGUGGGCAUAGGGAGUUGUUUAAGGUAUGUUCCAUUUUACUUUUCAGUGGAUCAUUACGAGAUUAUUGACAACUUUCCAUGGCGCUGUAUUGGCAGAGCAGAUUACUUUACUUCACCAGUGUGGAAAGCUUACCAGAUGUUUAAUUGUAUCAUUACACCUUUAUUGCCAAUCGCUUUCAUUGUAUUGUUCAAUGCUUUAACAGUCACGCACAUUAUAGCGGCAAACAGAGUCCGCCGAGGACUCCGGAGCAGCAAUGACAAUGAGAAGGAUUCAGAGGUGGAGAACCGGCGAAAGUCAAUGAUUUUGCUGUUCACUCUAUCAGCCAAUUUCAUUUUAUUGUGGAUCCCCUUUAUAAUCUCCACCUUGAUGUGGCAGGCUGAAAAUUACUUUUAUACGGACAGAUACGCUAAUUCUACGUCGUUUAUCGUGCAAGAGUUUGGGUUCAUGUUACAAUUUCUCUGCACCUGCACCAACACGUGUAUCUACACACUGUCCCAGAGGAAAUUCAGGGAAGAGAUGACGAAAGGAGUGAAACAUCUGGUCACAUUAACUGGCCAACUUUGUAGAUAA